AUGUCUACCUCAUGCCCCAUUGACGAGCUCACAUCGACCGUUCACGAUGCCGUACAGUCGCUAAACCACCUUCGCAAGGCAAACUUUCUUUUGGACACUUCGUUGGCGUUGAUCGAGGCUGGAAAGUACGGCGCGGAAGUUGAGAACUACCUCGAAGUAUACCUGAAGACUCCAGAUCUGCCAAAGCUGGAUGUUGCGAGGGCACUCUUAGCUCGAGGGAAUGCGAGGAAACGAGCAGGGGAAAUGUUGUUAGGGCAAGCCGACCAAGAUUUUGGAGACGUAUUGAAACUGGAGCCUUCGAACAAGGAGAUACAAAAGGAGUUGAAACGUCAGAAAGUGAUUCAUUUCCGACAUGAGCCAGCGUCACAACGAGCACCUCUCGAAGUUUGGGAAAGAAUUGCCCUUCAUACACCCCGAUUUUACCUCCGGACGUGGUUGUUUGUCUCCACGUUCCAUCAUGACAUCGCUGUACGACACAUCUUCCAUACCCUCGACAUAUAUUUCGGAGAAGAUCAAGACAACCUGAAUAGGGGUCUGGAUAUCCUUGAUCGAGCAAAAGCCGAUCCUGUUUUUGCCAGCAGGGUAAAAUCCCUUCGACUACACUGGGCAUACGAAGAAGGCGACAUGCUUGAUCUCAUGGCCCGUAUAUUCAGAACUGCACUGCCAGAGUUCAAAGCUUUGCGCGAAUUCGAAUGGAUCGGAUAUCCUGAAAUGCGAGCAGACAUGGUACAAGCAGUGCUCAAAAGCCAUCCCCACCUCCACGGCCUCGGACUAAUCGGAUGGCACUUUGACGCCGUCGGAGUGUCCGCCUUUUGCGAUUUGCGCAAAUUCACCCUCCGAGCCGAGGACGACGAUGGAUUCGCCGACAUGGGCGAGGUGCGGACGGUGCUUGACCAGAAUGAAAACACACUGAAGCACCUCAUACUUGGCGCCUACCUCGAGCGCCAGCACUCAUGGGACUCGGCCUUUCAGUCAGUGACUAUCAGGAACCUCACCCAUCUCGACCUUGUGGACACACGUAUAUCACAUAUCGUAUUCGCGCGCAUCGCACACGCACAUAACCUGCAGAGCCUCACCCUCCAUGGGACGUUCGAGGAGCCCAGCUCGGCGUCGGUGAUGUUCAAUAGUGACCAUGUUAUUGACGGCAGACAUACGUUCCUACCACACUUGGAAGCUUUCAGGUUCGUGCUGGUGGGACAUGAAAACGAUACCGGCCUCUACCAGUCCGUCACGCAAUUUUUGCGCAAGAGGGAGAAUCUACGGAGGCUUGAUUUAGGCGACUGCCCGUGGGAGUUGGUACAUGGAGUCCUCCCCGAUUUACCCAGACUCCGGGUGCUCGGGGUACGCAUCGCCAAUCUGACUCAGUCGGCACUUUCCUCUUUCGUAAACGCAAUACCAGAAGAGAUGGUUGCCGUGAAUCUCUCGACCGUCAUUGCCGAAAAACCUCUGAACGAAUACGCACCAACCUUCACCAAGUUCCCCGCCCUCUCCUUCCUCCACCUUCGCUGCGCGCACAAACGGCGGCCGAAGCCUAAUCUCAUGUCUGAAAAGGACUUUCGAGUGCAAACGGAUGUGUGGAUCUCAAGGGCACGGAGUCUGGCUACGGCGCUUCCCUCCAUCGAUUUUAUCGGCUGGCACGGGGAGCAUUACGCCGUCGUGCGCAACGAUUCAUGCAGCACUGACGACUAUGCUGGUGAGACCGUUGAGUUGAAGGAGCUGCCCUCUAGGCGACGGUUGGACUGUGGGAAGGGAGUGGAUCUGGGAAGUGAGGAUGCGGCUUGGCUGGAACGGAAGGAUGUUCCCAUAGAUUAUGAGAUGCCAGGAUUGGAGUAAUUCCAAGCUUUUCUCGUGGUUUCGGUUUCUCUACUCUCCCUCUCUUGUGUAUACCAUGUAAUUCAUUCGCGUUUCACAUA